AUGGUGAGAUUAGAAGAACUUAAAGUGGAGCAGCUCAAACAAGAGCUGGGAAAAAGAAACCUUCGUACAACCGGUACUAAAGCUGAAUUAAAACAAAGACUGGUCGAACAGCUAGAAAAAGAUGGACAGGACCCGUCGAUACUUGAAUUGAAACAAAGACUGGUCGAAGAGCUAGAAAAAGACGGACAGGACCCGUCGAUACUUGAAUUCGAAUAUAAUACCAAGGGAACGGAGCAAGCCGACAACUUGGGAGGAACAGGAAAUGCAGCUGAAAAACAGAGCGAAGAAAAAGGCGAAGAUAGUGCAAAUACAUCAACCAUUGUGUAA